CUCAGUUCGUCUCCGACUCUCGUCAGCUACAGUUUUUCUGUCGUUCUCAGGUGUUUUCAUGUUGAUAAUUCGAACAUUAAUUGGUUAUAACGCGUGAGAUACAGUCCUAUCAUCGCAGUCUUGUUGGAGAACUUCAUAUCGGGUGUUGAACUUUGCCAUGAAGUGGGUUAUGACUUGGUCUGAAUUCGGAGGCUUCCCGUGAUUAUUUUAACUAUAUGAAGACGGUUGGUUGGCUGUCUGCGUUGAAUCUUUACAGUUUUACAUGCAAGUAUACCUUGAGUUUUUUCGUCGAGCUUAGAAUGUUCAUGUUCCUUUGGUAUGGUGAAUAUACUUGGGGCAACAAUUUAAAAUGCUCAUGGAAAAGUUAAAGUUAAUUCUUAACAAUCAUUUUAUUAUGUUACGUUUUUCAUUCAGGGUUCUCGCUGCUUCUGUAUCUCACUUCCCGGUUAUCAUUUAUGGACAAAUGAUUUUCGCUCGCCAUUGAAGAGCUCACAACAGUAGAACCCAAGACUGAAAAAAGGAACACAAAGUCUCAAAGUCAAGUAGAAUGUACUACCUAGGGUAUUGGGAAUAUGUUUUGUUGCCCCUAAAGAAAAGUAAGAUCAAAGCGUAAAUACUUUAUUCCUUUGUUUUACGCUUGUCUUAACAUGUCUGCUAGAAAUACGCAAGCACGUAGUAUCUGCUUGCUUAAUUCUUGAACCGUGAUGAAUAUAAAAAAGCGAGUAAUAGUCAUAUUUUUCUCUUAUUCUGUGCACAUUGAAUUCCAGUGUUUAUCAGACGACCUGUACGAAUCAAAAUUUUUUUUUGCCCUGAAUUCCGUCUUUUCAUGUGAGUUUCCACUGUAUGUUUGAAAACCCACUUCCACAGACGUCUAAUUAGAUCACAUUUCAGACAAAUAAAUUCGACCUAAGUUUCUGCUCCAAUUCAAGUUUUAAAAGCUGCACAAGCCAAUCAAGACGGAUUCUUUGACUAUUACGAGCAAAUUCACCUACGUAUAUUCACGAUUAAUUAGACCAUUUCGUAAAACAAUCUCUUUAAACAUUGGCCUCUACCCUUGCAUAUAUAAUUUGACCGGAAUCGGUAAGAAAAAUUGUACCUUUAUCUAAAUGAAAUAAACCACACUUUACAUUACUCUUACUCAUACUUACCUUUCUCAACUAUUCCCUACCAUGGUUAGCUAGCUAACUGCCCUUAUUCCUCUGUCACCCAUCUUUCCUUUCAGCAAAAGAAAAAAAACUAAUGAUGCAAGUUUCUUUUCUGUUUUCAUGAGAUGGAAUAUGUUGCCACAUGCGAAGUUUGUUCGGAGAGAUUUUCCACUGGGGAACACGAUCCACUGGCUUUGCCUUGCGGCCAUACCUUCUGCAGGAAGUGUCUGAUCCGAAUGAUAAGUAAGAAUAGGGCGAAUUUCAGCUGUCCGACAUGCAGGAGAGUUCAUGGAGACCUUGUUGUGGGCAAAUUGCCCGUCAUUUACAAGCUCCUCAGUGCAGACACAGACGAAGUCGAGAUCGAGCAAAUGUGCGAAACACAUGGAGACACACUAACCUACUGGUGUCAAACGUGCCGGACUAGUCUAUGUGGUCUGUGCCUCUUCCGAAACCAUCCGCAAGACCAUGAAAUCAUUAAGAAGAAAGUUUUCCUCGAAAAGGAGAAACUCCUUUUGAAAGAAGAUAUACAAUCUUGGCAGGGAGAAAUGGAGGUCAGCCAUAAAGCCAUUAUGCAAAGUGCAAUGUCAAAGAUAAAGGAGUUCUACCGAAGCCAAACUUAUUUGUUGAUGUUAAAGAGAGUUAUAGGAGAACUUUUACCCGAGAUAGAAGGAGCUACUACAUUGGCAGCACUGUCUGAUCUGCGAACUAAAAUGCACAGCUUGAAAAUGGUCAAAGAGGCCGCAAGCAGUGAAGUUUGUUCCUCAGAGGGAAGCAGCGCAGAAGGUGAUGAUGUCACUCUGUCCUUUGAACUGGAACAAGCCAUAGGAUCUUGUGGGAGCAUUGAAGGUGUUGACGGUCGGAGAGCGUCCGCUGAGUGGUACGCCAAUAAACUUCAACUCUCGGCUUUCAGUGAAAAGGCAUCUCAUAGCGACCUACUGUUUAAGAUGCCUUCACAAGUAUUUCUUCAGCUAAGUAUUGGAAACGAAUACCUUGGUCAGGUAACUAUUCGGCCAUUUUACUAUUUACGACGUGCUCAGCUUUUUGCUGCCAUGUGCAUGGGAACAUUCGGGGUAUCCUACGUAGGAUCCCCAUUUCGUUUGGUGCAAAAUAAAGGACGUCCUCGGGAAUACCUCUCUGGAGGAUGGUACAUCAAUCCCCGUGAUGGGAUGCUAACAAAUAAAGACUUGAUGACCGGUCUAGAAUGGGACGGAGAAGCAACUGGAGAUAGUCGCCAAGGCGCGGUUUUGGCAGUCAUUUACAGCAACGGCGAGAGCGGGUUCGGCAUCUGCUCCAGAGAGCACGUGGGAGGUACCUUCAAAUGCCUGUUUGCUGAGGUUGUGGAUGGGAUGGAUGUCGUUAAGGCUGCCGUCAGGCACAGUCCAGUGUCCGAGGUUAUCAUUACAAAAUGUGGACUUGUUUUCCCUGAUAUUGAUCUAUGAAAAUGUGCGACCCACAAGGAUUAUUGUGAUCCCGUACUUUUGUCGUAGCUACGGAAUGCCAUUCGGUGUCAAGCUAUAUCAGUGAUGAGAACCAUCUUGCACCUUUGAAAGAGGCGAAGAUAUGUUUCACUGAUUUAGAUUCUUGAAUUGACUGAAAUACUUCAGCACGUUGGAUAAUCUAGAACUGUUUUCCCAAACCUUGGGUGUUCUUGAAGAUUUUGCCACUGAGAUUCAAAUGAUUUGACCGAACUCAUCGUAUCACCGAAAUCAAGAUUUAUGUCAUGAUUUUCAGAAUGCGUGUUAUCUUCAGAAUGUGUGCUUCAAAUUCAUUUGAAUUUGUUUGAGCUUUAUCACGCUCAUAUCGACUUCAUCAGGAUUACGAGUUUUCUGAGUAAGUCUUAGUUCGUCUCAGUCAGAGUUCAGAUUAACUUAAUGUAUUUACCUUUACCUGAUAUUAAUCAGUGUUCAUGCAUAGUGUUAAUUACAUUUCUUUUUAGCUUCACUUUAUGUUCAGCACUCUGUGAAUUAUUCUAAUAAGUUUUGAAAUUAUCUCUGUUAAUUUGAAGGAGGUCGAGGUAGUCAUCAGGUUUUUUUUUUAGCUUGGAAAUUGCUUUAUUUUUUUGAAGAAUAUAAUAAGAAUACGGAGACAACAAUGUGUUACUUAUUUGCUUUCCUUAUAUCCCACUACCUUGUUUGCUAGUAAGAAGAGUGCCUUCAAUGUAAGAAUUUCCAUAACAGAUAUGAUGAUUUUCAUCUGAGAGUAAGUUCUGACAGGAUUUUAUAUUUUACACAUAACAUGUUACAUAGUCUUUUUACAACAUAGGUAGAAUAAAUUUAGACAGGCAGACAAGUAGAUACUUAUUGUAUAAGUAUGUGUAUUUUAGCCGGUUGAGGGUAAUAUACGCGCAAAUUAUACAACAGCUCAAUUCUAUGUGAUAUGAUCUCUAAGAAAUUAGAUUUUCAUUUUGUUAAAACGUACUUCCUUUAAUAAAAUCUGGUAUGCCAAACUGCACGAAACCGUUGGCAUUUC